UGGCAGGGGCGAAGGUCGCCCAGGCAGAGACUGCGCCAGCAACACAGCCGCUCAGAGGGUCCCAGACGCCAGCCGGGCUCGGACCCUCCCCCGGGGCCGCCUGCCUGCUGAGAUGGGGGCUCGGGCCCUGCUGCUCCCUCUGCUUGUGGCCGCGGCCCAGGCCCAGGUCUGCUCUGUGAACAAGACCUUCUUCCAAGUCAAGGAGAACACGAGUCCCGGGCAGCUCCUCCUCGACAUCUACGUCCCUGAGGGCCAGCAGGUGACCCUCGGACCCUCGUCCACCCGUUUCGCAUUUCGGAUCCAGGGGACUCAGCUGUUUCUCAAUGUGACCCCGGACUACGAGGAGAACUCAAGGCUGGAAGCAGUCCUGGAGUGCAAGAGGGAUGACACUGUGGUGACCCAGCUGAGGGUGUUCGUCUCAGUGCUGGAUGCCAACGACAACCCGCCCAGGUUCCCCUUUGUAGUCAAGGUCCAAAGGGUGCCAGAGGACGCUAAAGUGAAUGCCGUCGUCAUCCCCGAGACAGAGCUGAAGGCCCAGGACCUCGACAGAAAUGACAUCCUGUUCUACACCCUCCAGGAAGUGACCCCGGGUGCCAGCGGCUUCUUCUCUUUGGUGGGUGCGAACCGCCCAGAGCUGCGGCUGGACCGGUCACUGGACUUCGACAGGUUGCCGAACAUGACCUUCCAGCUGCUGGUCCGGGACACGCGAGAGGAGAACGUGGAGCCCAGCCACACGGCCACGGCCACCUUGGUCCUGGAGGUGCAGCCCGCCGACCUGCGGCCCCCCUGGUUCCUGCCCUGCACAUACUCUGACGGUUUUGUCUGCAUCCACGCCCAGUACCACGGGGCUGUGCCCACAGGCCACACACUGUCAGGACCCCUCAUCCUGCAUCCUGGGCCCAUCUACGCCGUGGACGGGGACCGGGGCAUCAAUCAACCCAUCGUGUACAGCAUCAUCAGGGGAAACGAGAAUGGCUCGUUCUCCAUUGAUGCCAACACAGGCAACCUCACCGUGACCAAGAGCAUCCCCAGCCCCAAGACCUUCUUUCUGCUGGUCAAGGGCGAGCAGGCAGAUCGCGCCAGCUACUCGGUGACCCAGGUCACGGUGGAGGCCCGGGCCGCCAGUGGGAGCCCGCCCCGCUUCCCCCAGAGCCUGUACCGCGGCACUGUGGCGCUCGGCUCCGGGGUGGGCGUGGCCAUCAGGGAUGCAGCUGCCCCCUCCCAGCCUCUGAGGAUCCGGGCCCAGGAUCCUGAGUUCCCAGACCUCAACUCGGCCAUCACGUAUCGGAUCACCAACGACUCUAACUUCACAAUGGACGGGGAGGCCGUGCUGACUGGCGCUUCACCGGUGCAAGCCGGGGUCUUCUAUGCAGAGGUUGAGGCCAAGAACACGGUGACCUCAGGCACAGCGACCACGGUCGUGGAGGUUCGAGUCUCAGAACAGGAACCCACCCCCGCAGGCCCCCCCACGUCCCCAGAGACAGCAGGAACAACCAGAGCCUCGAGCGGCACCACGUCGGAAGCCCCCCGGCCCCCUGAGCCCUCUCAGGGGUCCUCCGCGACCAGCCCUGGGGGAGACAGCGGCCCACACCCCUCCUCAGGUACAACUCUGAGGCCGCAGGCCUCCUCGAAGCCUGGGGGUCUCCCCAGUGUGGGAACCAGCCCCUCCCCCCCAUCAGCCUCACCCAGCGGGGGCUCAGUGACCAGACCCUCGAGCGGCACCACGUCGGAAGCCCCCCGGCCCCCUGAGCCCUCUCAGGGGUCCUCCACGACCAGCUCUGGGGGGGACAGCGGCCCACACCCCUCCUCAGGCACAACUCUGAGGCCGCAGUCCUCCUCGAAGCCUGGGGGUCUCCCCAGUGUGGGAACCAGCCCCUCCCCCCCAUCAGCCUCACCCAGCGGAGGCUCAGCACAGACCUCGAAGCCAGGAACCUCUCUGCCAACGUCCCCUGGGCCCAGCAGCACCCUCCCACCCACAGCAGGGACGCCCGGGACCGGAGGAGGCAGCACGACAGUGGACGGCAGUCCACCUGUAAGCCGCGCUGAGGACCAGCACUUCUCGGUGGUGGACAUGGCGGCGCUGGGCGGGGCGCUGGGCGCGCUGCUGCUUCUGGCGCUGAUCGCCCUCACGGUGCUCGUCCACAAGCACUAUGGCCACCGACUCAAGUGCUGCUGCGGCAAAGCGCUGGAGCCCCAAGGCUUUGACAACCAGGUCUUCCUCAACAACCCCGACGAGGCCAACUGGGCGCCGGCUCCUAGCCCCUCAUCCAGUCCCGCCCCGCCGGCUCCCCCAGAGCCUGCACCCCCAGAACCCAAGCCCCCCAGCCCGGAGACCCUCCGCCGAGUCCCCGAGUCCCCUGCGGUGGCCCUGGAUGAGGACGGCCCGGCAGCUGUGAGGUCCAUCCUGACCAAGGAGCGGCGGCCUGAGGGUGGCUACAAGGCGGUGUGGUUCGGCGAGGACAUCGGGGCCGAGGCCGACGUGGUGGUCCUCAACACGCCUGCCUCGGAAGUGGACGGUGCUGGCGACGAGGGCAGCGAGGGCAGCGGCGACGAGGGCGCAGAGGCGGGCCUGCGCGGGGGUGCCCAGCACGCGCCUGGCUCCGACUCCAUCUACCUCUAGUGUAGCCGCCCCUCCUCUCCCGGCGAGUCUGGAUCACCAGAGUCGGCUUGGUCGCUCUCCCCCCACUCCAUUGCACAGAAUAAAGUGACAUUUUCGGA